AUGGGAAAGUGGAGAUAUGGUGUUGUUCUGGAUGCUGGGUCCUCGGGGACGCGCGUCCAUAUCUACCGAUGGCUGAACAGCGACACAGCUCGCAAGCAAGCGACCGACGCACAACUGCACACUUUACCGGUAAUCGAGACGGACAAGAAGUGGACCAAGAAGAUACACCCAGGUAUCUCGACUUUCGGCGAACACCCUCACCAAGUCGGCCCAGAACAUCUCGACAAACUCCUCAGUCACGCGCUCAAAAAAAUCCCCAUCGAAGAUGUCCCGAACACGCCGCUCUUUCUGCUUGCGACCGCAGGCAUGCGAAUACUCCCGCUGCCCCAGCAAAGGGCACUCUUGAAAGAGGUCUGCGAAUUUGCACAGAGCACUACCAAGUUCCAGUUACCGGAUUGCCAAGUACAUGUUCAGGUCAUACCGGGCGAGACAGAGGGCUUAUAUGGCUGGAUAGCGGCGAACUACCUACUCGGAGGAUUCGACCGCCCAAACCAUCACAAUCAUGGCAAGGGGCAUAGCACAUAUGGAUUCCUGGACAUGGGGGGCGCAUCCGCGCAGAUUGCGUUUGCGCCAAAUGCUACCGAAGCCGAGAAGCACGCCAACGAUCUGACGCUCCUACGGUUACGGACGAUUGACGGUACACCUCUAGAGUACAAAGUCUUCGUGACAACGUGGCUAGGAUUUGGCGUCAAUCAGGCAAGGCAACGAUAUGUCAAAUCUCUCAUUGAGUCGAGUACAUCGGUCGAGCUACCGGAUCCAUGCUUGCCCGCCGAUCUGACCGUUGACGUGACAAAAGACGGCAAGUUUCUUGAUCUAGAUUCGGACAACCGCGACGAACCGAAACUAAAGGCGGCUGCGCAGCUGGUUGGCACCGGAAAGUUCGCCGAAUGUUUACAUCAAACAUAUCCUCUGCUAGAGAAAGAGAAGGAAUGUACGGAUUCACCCUGUCUGAUUAAUGGACAGCAUGUACCAGCGAUCGACUUCGACGUAAAUCACUUCGUAGGCGUCUCAGAGUAUUGGCAUACAACACACGACAUAUUCGAAAUGGGGCACAAGGACAAGGCUUACGACUUCAAGACCUACCAAGAGCGCGUAGAUGAGUUCUGCAGUCAGGAUUGGAAGAGCAUAAAGAAAGGUCUCAAGAAAGAGAAAUGGGGCGGCAAAGUCGAUGAAGAGAAGGCACGAGAUGUUUGCUUCAAAGCAUCUUGGAUUAUCAACAUGCUGCACGACGGGAUCGGAGUUCCACGCGUGGGCAUCGAAGACCUAAAGGGCAGCAAAAACACCACCAAAGCUGUCCUCGACAAUGCCAAAGCAAAAGGCUUCCUCGACCCGUUUCAAGCUGUCAAUAAGAUCAACAACGUAGAAGUAAGCUGGACACUUGGGAAAAUGGUCCUAUAUGCCUCUAGCGAAAUCCCUAUACCGUCAGAACAAGCGCUAGCUGUAGGCUUCGGCUCAAAUGUGCCUGGGAUACCAUCCGACUUUCAAUACCCAGGCGGCAGUCACAUCCCCUACGAAUCCGAAAACGACUGGCAUCGCCUCUUCGUUGAGAAUCCGCGACGUGUCCCUGGCUUUUUCAUCAUGAUCUUUAUCAUAAUCUUCAUCUUCUGCAUUGUCCUAGGUAAAGAGAAGAGGGCCUCGGCACGUAAGUCCAUCGGCAAACUAUUCGCACGAAAACACGGGAAAGACCCACUACACCGUCGCCGUCGCGGUUUCCUUCCCAGCAAACUCUUCGGCCUCGGUAGUUCCUUAGGACAGACAUAUGAGCGUGUUGACCUCGAGGAUGGAGAGGCGGCGAAUGAAUUCGAACUCGAGGAGACAUAUCUUGAUUCUUCGGACAACGAGUUCUCCGACUCCUCUGACGGUUCAAGGCUUGGAAGGACAUCGGGUUGGGCAACACCGCAAAUCAAGCCUGAGACGGGUACAGCAAGUUACGUCGGUGGCGCGGGGAAUGACCUGCUCAACCAAGGUGUCGGGCUGAAUUUGGGGCCACAGAGUGCAUUCGAUCGCAAUGGUUUACUGUCGAGGACUGAUAGCAGAGAGAGGAUAAGAAGUAGAGCCAGUAGUCCAAAGAGAGGGAAGCGUAGCUAG